AUUCAUCAGUAUCAUUAUCGAAACGGAGGCGACUGCUUAUAGCUUAGUCUUCCCUUCCCGAUAACUCCCGACACCUCCCGGUGAUCUAAGCCUCUUCUUGAGAUCCGACCAUUGCCGCUAUCCGCCGCUACGGCCCAGUAGAUCUACGCGGUCUACAUCACACUGCGCAGUCGUUCGUUUCCAAUACUGGCAAUAGUGGAGCCGAGUUCCGUGCAUAGCCAAUGCUGCCAUUGGCAUUGUACAUUGUACUGGAGUUUAGAAGAAGACAGGUCCGUUCAGCGCAGGCAGGGCCUCGUCGGCCUGUUCCGAUUCAAUUACUUUUCAAAGUCUCCAUUGCGCUCUGAGCACACCUGAAAACUGAGAAAGAAAUUAGGUGAGCCUGGCGUCGCUAAUGAAUCGAGUAAUGAUUUAUUACCUCCUUAGCGGUCUGGGAGAAGAAUCACUCGACAUGACCUCAUGAUGCAUCAGCGUCUAUAUUAUUGAUUGGUUCUGGAUAGGGUCUGCUGAGCGCGUGGAUCGUAUAGCCAGCUGCUACGGGUGCACUUGCACUAGUUCUAAGUUUAAGAAGUGCAGUCGGAGCAGAGGAAUCGUGCCGACGCCACAGCUGGUGCGGCAGGCAGUGUGCGGUCAGGCCUCGCGUCGACCAGCUGCUGGGCCUGCGUGUGUGCACGCGUGCGCGCGUGUGUGUUUGUGUGUGCGUGCGUGUGCACGUGAGAUACUGCGUGUGAGUGGCACGUCUGCUGAUCUCCUGUGCCCCCCCCCCCCCUCACCUGAAUCAUGGCCAGUGCAUGCGUCAUAACCGACACACGCCACACGACGACGCUGGGUUCGAUUUCUCAGCACAGCCCGGCAGCACAGCAGCAUCGGGCCACGGUUGCGUCGUCAACCCUACCAUCCCGGUUUGACGUGCCGCCAAACGGAUCUACACUGGAGUCACACGAGCUCGGUGUUCCAACGCGCGCGGAUAACGUCAGAACGUUGGAUGACGACUACAACAGCGGCGUUGAUUACGAAAGCAGUGUCGCCGACGACGACGACGGCGAGGAUUUCACUGACCCGGACGAGGAUGGUGAUGACCUCACCAGCGAUGGCAAUGCGAGUGCAUGCAGCCUUGAUAUCACUGAUGAUUCUCUCGCCAAUGCCAUCAGUGAGCUGACGUUACCGGGAGGUGAUGCACCGCGACCCACACGAACUCAGGGUCUUUCCACACAAGCAGUAUCUACAGAGUCGGGAUCAGCAGCAAAUACGACUACGGCUGCGACAGCAGCAGCGGAGGCAGCUGGUCCACUGAGCAAAGUAGAGCCACUGCAUUCAAGUCUCUUCGCCCACUGCAAUCCAGCUAUUUACUUUCCAAGUGCAGCAGAAGAACUGUCCCACACCCCGCUGCCGGCAUGCGUGAGAUCACUGCUGAAGUGGCGCAUGAGCACCAUCACGCCAAUCGCCAUCAGGCAACUGCUGAAGAGAGCCUGCUUCAAGCCUACAACCAAAAAUGCCGACUGGCUUGGCUUCUGGGGAGGUCACAUCAAGACGAUGGCGUUUCGCAGACUGCAUGAUCACCAGAAGACGAAUCACUUCCCGGGAACAUUCUGCAUUGGACGCAAAGACUACCUGUGGACGCGAUUACUGCACAUGCAGUUGAGAUUUGGCAAGAAGAACUUUGAUUUCUUUCCGCAAACGUUCAUCCUGCCACGAGACACAGUUCACCUUCGCCAGCAGUGGGAUGACUCUGGCAAGCAGAAGUGGAUCGUCAAGCCGCCUGCAUCAGCACGCGGUAUCGGCAUACACCUGAUUAACAAGUGGGCACAGGUGCCACGCAGACGCAGUGUUGUCGUGCAGAGGUAUCUUGACAAACCCUACCUGAUCAAUGAGAGCAAGUUUGAUCUACGCGUGUAUGUGUACGUACCAAGCUAUGAUCCACUGAGGAUUUACGUCUACGAGGACGGUCUUGUGCGCUUUGCGACCUGCAAAUACAAGAACUCGUCCAAGCACAUAGCAAAUCGGUUCAUGCACCUCACUAACUACAGCGUGAACAAGAAGAACACGACGUUUACAGCAAACAGCGAUGAGACCGUGUGCCAGGGACACAAGUGGGGACUGAAAGCACUGUGGCGGUAUCUAGAUGAGAGAGGCGAGGACAGUGACACCGUCUGGGCCAGUAUCAUCGAUGUCGUCAUCAAAACCAUCAUUGCAUCAGAGAGUACAGUCAACAGCAAGAUCAAGGCUAAUGUGAGAAGACGAUCUUGCGUCCAUGAGCUGUUUGGGUUUGACAUAUUCCUGACGGACCAGCUGAAGCCGUACGUUCUCGAGGUCAACAUUUCACCAAGUCUUCACACCAGUUCACAGUUGGACAUGAAUAUCAAAGGUGGCAUGUUGCAUGAUCUACUUCUCAUGGCCAACUUCCAACUGCCCUGUGAAGCUGGCACACCGGCUGCAGAAGAAAUGAAACGACUUGGAUUUCCAGAAGACUGGAGAACGUGUCCUCCGGCCGGCGUGCAAAUGCAGAGUGACGAAAAGACAAAGCACGCCUGCUAUGCCAACUGUCACACAGUCCGGGAUGUACGUGACACGAUCCUGGACGGCCUGACGCCGGAUGAUGUUCGCAUGCUAAUCGAGUCCGAGGACGAGUUUAACCGUCGCGGUGGUUUUCAGCGCGUGUUCCCAACCAGCGACACAGACGCCUACGAACCGUUCUUCGACAUCCCGCGCUACUAUAACAUGUUGUUGAGUGAGUGGAUUCAGCGCUAUCGCUCUGCACCACAGCUAGGAAUAUCAUACCUGCAGGAACAGGCGCACAAGCGCAUGCACCUGAAGACGGCACGCAAGCUGGAAGAGCAAUGGCGACCGCCGGAGAAGGCCAAGCAGCUGACGUUUCCGAGCGGACGACUUCGCGGGCCGUUAUCAGCACUGGCACCACCACCGCCACCACCUGCUCCACUCCAGCGUUCCAAAUCCUCACCGGCGCCAGCACCACCGCCUCUCAAGGACAACAGCAAGCCGAGCACACAUCAUUUCUCGCGUCGCGGUCCGACCGGCAGCGCCACCUCCAGCGUGGUGUCCGUGAAGUCCGCGUCCUCGUCCCUUGCCGCCUCGCGAACGCAACAGGCGAGCAAGACCAAGCCCAGGCUGUCCAAAGGUGCCACGGUAGAUAAACACAAGCCCGUCGGUCGAGCGCGCGCCGGAUCUCUCCCAUCGCCACGGCUACGUCGUCGACAGUGCUCGCACGGCUGCGCCGAGGCGGUGUGCGGCUGUGGCUGCGGAGUGCCGCGGAUCCGUACGUUCGCCGUUCCGUACCCUCUACCCGUGGAGAGCAGUGGCAUGGUAUGUGAGAAUACCGGCGACGCUCACCACCACCAGCAACACCAUCAUCAGUAUCAGCAUCACGAGCAGCAACACCACCAUCAGCAUGCGUACUGUGUCGAUCACCCGUCCUCGCACAACUCCCUCGCGUCGGUCGCCAGCAACGACUCCGGCGUCGACGACCUCAGCCAGACGUCUGUAAUAUCCUCCACGGUCGGCAGUGCUGCCAUGGUAACGUCAAGCACCGCCGUGGUCGCCGAUGCACUUUCACGGACUACAACGACUACCACUGCGGCCGGCAAUUCUCCCGUACGCAUCGGCUCCUUUUCCAAAACGGCACCGUCGUCGGCUACCAAUAGCAGCAGUGCGAUAGCAAAGUCGCAUACAAAAGCAUCCAAGUCGUCAUCGACGCGCCAAGCCCAGAAGCCCGCCAGCACCGGUCAGCGACAGCCGUACGCUCUACAGCCGAUACGGCAGGACCCAGUGGCGGCGGGGGCUAUGUCGACUGGCGUCCCACGCGCCAGCCUUGCUACGGCGCACGGACGAUUCGUACCGAUGAGCUCGUCGACGGUGGAGAUCAUGCCCCUGGAGCGAGGCGGCGCCAAACCCGGAUCGUACCGCGGCGAUUGUCCGUCGGUGUACAGCGAUUCGCUGACGACGACGCGCACACUGCAGGCCGCCAGUGCAGUCUUGGCGCUGCAGCAGGAGCGGACUCUACCGCCACCCGCCCGAGCACUACCCAAAAUGACGGCAAGGCAAAGAUCGGAGCCGCCACUACCCACGAUACGCAGAGGUUUGCCGAGCCAGCGACGUGCUUGAAAGCCCGGCUUUGCCGUCGAAGAUAUUUCUGUCGCCGUCGAAAUUCUACUUGAUGAGUACUAGUACUGUAUUUCCACGAUUAUCAGUCGCACCCCCGUUUUCAGGUUUGAGCAAUAUCGUUAUGACACAAUCACUUCAGUAGUAAGUCAUGCUCGAUUGUAAGUCCCACCCCCCUUUUUUACCCUUGGGUUUUAGUGUAGAAAGGUGCGCCGUGACUUUUAUUCAGGGCAAUAUGGUAUGUAACGACAAUGCAUUAUCGUUCCAUUGUGGAUUGAUUGUGGUGUGGCUCUGCUGAUAUUAUGUCCAUCUUGAACUUGAGACGCACAUUCAAUCGUGAUCCAUCAGGAAGUGCAGUGCGAAUGCAACACGACUUUCAUACUGCUUUA